AUGAAAACGAUAGGCGGACCCUACUUGUGGACGUCACGUGCUCGUACAAGGACGUCAAGCGCAAUUCUGUCGAGCACGAGGUCGUCUGUUUCGGCCUCGGAGUCGAGCCAGGCGGGAGACGGGCUCUCGUUGCAGCUGGAGGCUGAGAUGAGAGAAAUUGAGGAGAAAAUGGAGUGUAAGAGGAUGUACGAUCAGGUUGUCGAGCAUGAGUGCGCAUCCGAAUCAGAGGGCCUCUACCAGGUCGGACACUUCUGGGGAUGCUUAUGUGACCCAAAUAUGGCUAAUAUGGUGAGCAAGUGCCAUGGGGUCAUCAAGAUUAGAAGGAAGAAGAUUAGGCUUUCUUUUUCUUUUCUCAUUAUGGAUAUUGCUUAA